UUUGUUUCCAUCAGUUUCACAUUGGAACUACAGUUGUGUACAUUUAGCACACUCAGAACUCUUCGCCUUUGUGCCUAUUAUUGUUUGUAGAAGGAACUUUAUAAUCGUCGUUAAUAAUGUCCGAUAAAAAUAAUCUUUUAUUGCUCUUCGAUCGUCCCAAUGAGCCAAUUUUUAUGGAGAAGGGAAAGGCUGCCGUUUUCGAUGUUCCCGACAAGUUCCUCACGGAUCGUUAUCGUCCCAUCGGUAAUGAGGUGCAGAGUCGUUUUGGUGAAAAGGCAGAGCAACGUAUUCCAGUUAGGGAUAUUUCCAUACCGGAUCUUCGUCUACCAAUGUCGCUCCCAAGAGAUGCACAGUUUUCUCUCUUCAUUCCGGCUCAUAGACGUAUUGCUGGUCGUUUGAUUGACAUUUUCAUGGGAGUGCGCUCUGUUGAUGAUCUUCAAAGUGUAGCUGUAUAUGCCCGUGAUCGUGUGAAUCCGUAUUUAUUCAAUUAUGCACUGUCUGUGGCGCUAUUACAUCGCCCGGACACCAAAGGACUGGAUUUGCCAUCCUUUGCACAAAAUUUCCCCGAUAAAUUUGUUGACUCGCAAGUUUUUCGGCAGGUACGUGAAGAAGCCACCGUAGUUCCUGAGGGAUCACGUAUGCCAAUUACCAUUCCACGGGAUUACACCGCUUCUGAUUUGGAGCCCGAACAUCGACUAUGGUAUUUCCGGGAAGACCUUGGAAUUAAUCUCCAUCAUUGGCAUUGGCAUUUAGUAUACCCUUUUGAAGCUGGCGAUCGUGCUAUUGUGAACAAGGAUCGUCGCGGCGAGCUCUUCUACUACAUGCAUCAACAAGUAGUGGCUCGUUACAAUUUAGAGCGUUUCAGUAAUAAUCUCGCUCGGGUAGUACGUUUCAAUAAUUUGCGUGAACCAAUCGCCGAGGGUUAUUUUCCAAAGAUGGACUCUUUAGUUUCUAGUCGAGCUUGGCCACCACGAUUUGAAGACACAAGAUUGGCAGACCUAAAUCGAGAGUUGGAUCAAAUUAAUUUAGAUGUAAGUGACUUGGAGCGCUGGAGGGAUCGUAUAUUUGAAGCUAUUUCCCAAGGUUUUGCCACUGAUGAAAGCGGUAAUCGCGUCCCACUAGACGAAGUGCGCGGAAUUGAUGUUUUAGGAAACAUUAUGGAGUCAUCUAUUAUAUCACCAAAUCGUAGUUUAUAUGGUGAUUUUCAUAAUAUGGGACAUGUGUUUAUUUCCUAUUCUCACGAUCCCGAUCAUCGCCAUUUGGAAUCUUUCGGCGUAAUGGGAGAUUCUGCCACUGCUAUGCGCGAUCCUGUAUUUUACAGAUGGCAUGCUUACAUCGACGAUAUUUUCCAAGAACACAAGACCCGCCUUCCUCCAUACGCUUUACCUGAACUCGGCUACGAUGGUGUUUCGGUUACAGGUGUACAAGUAAGUCCCGAAGGAGGUCGACCAAAUGUACUGCAAACAUUUUGGCAACAAUCUGACAUUGACUUGUCACGCGGAAUGGACUUUGUGCCUCGUGGUAAUGUGUUUGCUCGCUUCACUCACCUUCAACAUACGCCAUUCACCUACACCAUCAACGUUAACAACGAUAGUGGUGCCCAGAGAUUUGGUACUGUUCGCAUCUUCUUGGGACCGAAAGCAGAUGAGCGUGGACAGGGAAUGCUAUUCAAGGAUCAACGUUUACUCAUGAUAGAGUUGGAUAAAUUCGUUGUAUCCUUAAACCCUGGUCAAAACACCAUUCGUCGCCGAUCGACUGAGUCCAGCGUCACCAUUCCCUUUGAGCGCACCUUCCGCAAUUUAGAAGUAAAUCGCCCGGCUGCUGGUAGUGCAGAAGAACUAGAAUACAACUUCUGUGGUUGUGGAUGGCCCAAUCACAUGCUUAUUCCGAAAGGUUUGCCUGAAGGCCUUCCCUGUGAGCUGUUUGUAAUGGUGUCUAACUAUGACCAAGAUAGAAUCGAGCAACAAUUGGUAGGGUCAUGCAGCGACGCAGCCUCUUAUUGUGGUGUGCGCGAUCGUCUCUAUCCGGAUCGCCGAGCUAUGGGAUAUCCAUUUGACCGCCUUUCUCGCGCUGGUGCUGACCGUCUGGUUAAUUUCUUGACUCCGAACAUGAGUAUCGUUGACGUGGUAGUACGUCACGAUAACCGCGUUGUACUUCGUAACGCUUAACUCAGCUCUAGAAUCCACUGUGAAUAACGAGAAAUUUACAAACUUAUGCUUGCUUCCGCAAGGGUUUAUUAUUAAUACUUCUCAAAUUGUAGACUAAAUAAAUGGUCGUUUUGCAAACAAA